AUGCAGAUUUUAAUCAAUAUGUAUUCGUAAUUUAUUUUAAGUGUGAUAGGAUGCUUCUUAAUUAUCUUCUCAACGUUUUGGUUCAGGACUCCAAUUAGAGAUAUCAAUGAAAUUAUUGCAUUUAGAAAACCUAUUUAUGAUUAAGUAGUAUUGCUAUUUUUGGAUGCCACAGGUUAUCGAUAUAUAAUGAAUGAAAGUAAGGAUCAUUAGAUAUUCUAAACUAUCACUUUAUUGAGGGGAUUAAGGGAGACUUAUCCACUUCAUACAUUCCUUCAAAAAACUAAGGCUGUCCCACCUUCUACAGACUUUACUAUAUUAAGUAUAAUUAAUGGAAUCAAACAGAUGUAAAACAAUUUGGAUGUGAUAUUCAAGUCUUAUCCAGCACCUUAUGAAGAUUCUCUACUCAGAAAACAAUUUAAAACAGCUCUUUAUUCAAGUAAAAAAUAAGACUGGCUAAGAAUGACUUCAGGAGAAUUCACUUAUAUUGAAAACCCUUAAUUUUUUAAUUUAGAUAACAUUUAAUUAGCAGAUCUUUCAUCAUAUUAAUUCUUUAAAUAAUCAUUCUAAUAAGCUAAACCAGACUACCAAUUAUAUAUAGUUCAUAUGAUGGGAUUUGAUGCAUUAGGACAUGCCUUAUAAUAUUAAGAUUAUGAUUAAGGAAUAUAAUUAUUAAGAAUGUAUAAUUCUAUUUUAGAAGGAGUGGUUAAUAGUUUAAAAGAAAAUCAACUUUUAAUUGUGAUAGGUGAUCAUGAUCAAAGUAAAAGAGGAAAACAUUAUUAAUGUUCUUAAGAAUCAUUUGAAUGUGAAGGUUUUAUAUUUGCAUUCUCAUUCAAUGAACUUACAACAGAUGAUUAAAUCUAUGAAUAUUAUGAACCUACUGAUUUAUCAGCAACUAUCAGUUCAUUAUUAGGAUAUUAACCAACAAGCUAAAAUCUAGGAAAAAUAAUACCUUAAUUCUAUCCUAAAAAUUUAAAUAGUUCAGAAAUCUAAAAUGAUUAAGAGAUGAUCAAAUAAUAAGUGCUUAAAUAUUUAUAAACAUAAGGAUUUAAAAUAUAAUCCACAUUUAUUGAAGAACUAAAAUAAGUACCUGCAGAUCAAGUUGUAAGUCAUAUUUAAAGAAACUUAUAAAUUGGUGUACCAAGAAAAGAAUCCUUUAUAAUUGGAAUAAUGUUAUUAUUAUUUAGUAUCUACUCAAUGAGAAGUCUUUGGGGAUUUUAAGAAAUCUUAAUCAUUGUAUCAACUGGAUUCUUUAAUCCUUAAAUUAUGAUUAUAGGAUUAUUGAUAUUAGUAAUCAUUAAGAAAGAAUAUAAUUUAAAAUGGAUUCUCAAAAUAUUAGCUUUCUUGUUGUUCAUUUAACUUAAUUAUAUGGGUUAUAUUCCUGAGAUUCUAUUAUCAAUUGAAAUACAAUUCCUACUCAUUUUAGUAAUUAAAUAUCAUACAUAUAUACGUUCAGGAUAAACUUUUACUAAAUGGAAAAUAUCAUUAUUAUUUGCAUUAGUAACUAUGUCAUCAUUUACAGUUUAUGUGUUUUUCCUAUUGGGUUAAAGUGAAUUUGAAUUAAAGAGGUCUUUCUUAAUUAGUAUGAUAAUUGUUAUAAUAUUUCUUUGUGUUAUAGAUCCAAGGUAUUUUAAUUAAGGAAAAGUUAAGGCUUUAUAUGUGACAAUACUUUUUAUUUUGUCUGAUGUUACAAUAAUAUUCUAAUUAAAUUACUCUAAGAAUUUUAUAUAAUUUAUUCUAUAAUUUAUGCUAUUGCAAUUUAUUGAUGUAGGAUAGAAUGUACUCAUUUCUAAAAUUAUAUAUAAUGCAAUAAAUCCCAUUAAAAUAGAUCAUUAAGUUUUUAAAGGUCAUUAAUAAGUUAAUAUGAAUUCUAUGAUCAUACUCACUUAAGAAUUUGAUAUUGGACCAUCCUUAUUUUCUGUUUUUAUUGGUAGUUUUGGAUGCUAAAUAAUAGGAAUUGCUACAUUAUUUUUUAAUAAACUUAAUUAAAAUAGACAUAAAAUAAUAAGUGCAUUGAUUAUUUCAUCCAUCUCUAAUCUACUUUUAGAUUCAUGGCGGAUACUGAAUUAUAAAUAAUCUAUUCUCAACACUAAUCAAAUGAUUGAAGAAUAGAUUGCAUUAUUAAACAGUUUGCCAUUAAAAUUAGUAGAAUUGAUCAUAUAUAACUUAACUUUAAUUAUUUUGGCUAGAUAAACCAAGAAAUAGAGAUAGAUGUGA